CAGAAAUUUCAUGAAAAUUUGCAAAUAAUUUGCGAUAAUGUAAUUAUAAGUCCUAAAUCGAAAAUUUAUUCUUGCGAAAACUUCAACAAUGGACGUAGUUCUCACGUAUAAGAUAAAAAAUGAGAAGAAAUUCUUUGAUUGUGCUUUUAAGUUAGGCAUUGAUGAAAUGUCAGCGCAUAAAUUUCUAUAUAUAACGCAUCAAAGUGAUCUGGAUAUAUUUCCCAAGAUGGGAGACGAACGUCUCAACAUUCUGCUUUACCUAUGGGAAAUAUGCGAAGAUUACAAGGUAAAGUUAAACGAAGACGAAUGGGAGCUGCCCGAAGAGUUGGAGACAAUGCUUAAGAUAAUUGUGCCAUGGAGUUUGGAUAUAUGGCUUAGUAAAGAAUGGGAUCGCUGUAAAAUCCUUUUAAGACACGCCCUUGUACAUUGUCUAAAUAGAGCGAGGAGUUUAUUGAUGCGACUGCCGGAUAUGAUGCAAAUCAAUUGGGACUUUUUGUUAUUGUAUAAUCAAACGCCGUGGCAAGUAAUUUAUUUAAAGUCCUUAAAUGUCACUAAGGAAAAGACAUUGGAAACUGGUGCUUUAACUAUUGAAACAGAAGAGCAUGCAUCUACAAAUGAAGACAUUGCCUAUUUGAAACUGGAACAACUGCCUUUGAUUGUUCUGCGCUUAGUGAAACUCUUCGAUCAAUCAUCUAUCGAUAUGGUGAAAACAUUGUGCAUGAGAGUUAUAGCAGCUUGGAAUAAAGUCUACUAUACUGAAUUGAACCAAACAGGUGGUUCAAGAUUGCCAUAUGUGCCACCCGAGGAUAAACGUUGCCUAUUGCUAAUAUGUCAUAUAUAUUUAAUGGCCGUUUAUGAGGCGGAUGAUGUCAAAGGAUAUGUAAUCGAUAACAUGAUGCACAAUAUACGUUUUUAUAACCAGGGAUUUCAAACGUCAUACGCCAUGGAUAAUAUGCAAUACACUCCUGCCCGAUUAAUUGCCCUAACAUGUUUGCAUUUGCGUUUACAAAAGCGAGAAUUUUUCGAUUUCUUUAUUUGGAAUUCGUUUGACACUUCCCUCGUCAAUCUUUUCGGAGUGGUGUCUCAAGCUUACAAAAGCUAUCUGUUGGGUAAUCUAUUAUUGGAAUUGAACAAUAUGAAUGACGAUGACUUUGCUGCAAAUGUUGCAUUGUACAAACGUCUAAUGAACGCCUACAUAAAUGAACGUGAAAAAAGUGAGUUGUUUAUGUUGAAUGAACUGCAAAAGCUGGAAGCUCAACACUAUGCUCACAACAUCAUACAAUGCGUUGCAAAUAUGACCGAUUAUAAAAGUAAGAUAUGUAAAGGAAAUCGCAUGAGCAAUAUUGGAAAUUAUGAAAACACAGAUGAUAUUUCCAAUGAAAAUGUCAAUAGGCAACAGAAAUUGGGACUAUGGGAAAUUGAUGCUGAUGAGGACGAAAACAAAGAUGAUCUUCGCCAAGAUCCCAUAUUUCAAACCAUACCUAACAAUGCGGAGAUAUUGUACAAUGUCUACGAAGUUUUGUCCAAGAAGAGUUAUAAUGGUUGGCAUUUUGCCAAAAUUGUGCUUCUCUUUAAAAUUAUAAGUCAUGAGCUUAAUAUGAUCGAAACUUGGCGCUAUCAUCCCGGACUUACGACAAAUUUUAUGUUGAAUUUAGAAACGAAGCUUUCCCAUCACUAUACAGAUCUCGCUAAAAUUUUUGCAGAACACCCUUUUAUCGAGCAAGAGUUUUCGCUCACGGCCUUUUAUCUUAAUCCCACGAAUUAUAAUUACGAACAAAUAAAAAGGCUGGGUAUACGAAACAACCGAAGGCGAACUGACGAACAGGGUCGGUGGGUGACGGGAAAGGAUAAAAUCGAUGCCAAAUAUGGUCUGCUGAGUUCGACAAUCGAUGUUAAAGAGAUCACCAAUUUGUCGAAUCCCGACGAACAGAGGGAAGAUUAUGAACCCUUGUUCGAAGCACUAAGUUCCUUGCACUUGCCCACCUCUAUGGUUAAAGAUAUCAUAACGGUAGUGUUUUUGGCCCGCAACAAAAGCUUCUCAUGGGCAGUGGAUUGGGGUGAUUUGAGGAGACGUUGCAAAAUGUUAAUGAGCAAUCCCAGCGAAAAGGAGCGUUUCGUCGAACUGUCUAUGGACGAGGCGAACAAUCGUUUAAAGUUUCUAAAGAUAGACUACGAAAAAUAUAAGAAUAGGCCACAGCUGGACUAUGGCACCAUCGAACAAGGGUAUGAAAGUCUCAUAAACGCAGCUGACUCGGAUGACGACGAUAUGGAGGAAAGUGAGGAAGAGGAUGAUUUUGAAGAUGACGAAGACGUCUAUGAGACCAGAAAGGAAAGAGGUGUGAAAAAGCCUGAUGUGGUCGAAGAUGAAAAUUCGCAAGAAGAUGAUCCUUAUUUGACAGGUAAGCGACGUACAAGGGCUCGAGCUGCAGCGGCCAUGGCAAGCAUAUUAUUCAACUCGGAAAUGGGCACUCGCCGAAAACGUAGGAAGAAAGACGAGGAUGAAGCACCUAAGGAAGAAGACGCAGAAAAAUCGGACGAUUUUAAAUCUACUGCUGAUCCAACCGAACCUCCCCCCAGCAUAGCGGACGAUGCUAGUUCGAAAAAUUCAGAUAUUGCCAAAAAGAACAUCAAGGAAUGUCUCAAAGAACGUCCUGUACUUGUCAACCCUACCUACGGUUUCCAACCGCUUAUUGAUAUUUGGAAUGUUGAAAAAAGCGAUUUGGCUGCAAUUGACAACGACUGUGUCUACUUGCUGGAGAGCUCAAGUGUUUUGCAACGCUUUUCUAAACUAAAAACCAUAGCUAAAGAAAUCAAUCCUACGGCUAUUUGUGAGGAGGAAGUGAUUCAGGAAAUGGAAAAUUUAAUCGCACAGUCUCCGACAAGGCCAGUUAAAGUUGACAUCUCUGAAAAUAUUCGCCAAGCCAUAAAACUAGAAGAAAUAGAAGAAUCCAAGUUAACAGUGCCUGCUCAAAUAAUCGCUAAAAGAAUUGACGAAGUGAACGAAAACGCGCCUGAGCAAAUAAUGGAAUCUCCGGAUACACAGGAUACUCAACAGACUUCGCAUCAGAGUACCAACAAUGCUAAUGAGGAGAACAGAGAAGAAAUAAGCCUACCAACAGCAUUUGCAGAAAGCUGUGACACUUCUACCAUAGCUGAUGUAGAAAAUGCAGUUGCAGAGAAAACACCAAUGAAUAUGGAAAUUGACAUCGAGGAAAAAACUCCGAUGUCAGAUGACGAAACCUUACCAUGCCUAGGAAAUGGUAGGAAAGAAGUCGCAAAAGACUAUGAAGUAAAAGUUCAAACAAUCUUGGAAAAUAAUCCAAAUGAACUCAAAAAUUCAUCAGAAAUCGAGAUAGAAGACUAUAAAGAAUUGUCGUCAUGCGAUACUGAGCCAAACCUAUUUGAGGCAAUGGAAAAUGCAACAGUCGAUAAAAUUGAGGAAAAUAUUAAAUUCAAAUCUCAUGAAAAAGUUAAUGAAAAUAACGAAAAGUUAAUCGCAGACCUGGAAAUAGCUAUCGUAAGCGAUGAACGAAAAUUGGACACGAAUGUAGUACAGCCAUCUGAAUUAAAUACGACCACAAUUGAAACUGAAGGAAUUCAUAUAUCAACAGAGGAAGAUUCUAUGGAGAAAUUGCUUGUAAACCAAUCCGAUACUGAUUCUGCCACAGACGAAAGAACUGUAAUCGAAGAAAACAACCCAGCUAAAGAAGUUGAAAUGCUUAAAUCUCCUGUAUUGGAUGAAAACAAUGGAACAGAAUCAUUAGAAUCUGAUCAUAUAUCAAAUCAGUUGUCCCCAGCGAACAACGAGUUCGAACAGAUUAUAACAUCUAUUGACAAAGACAUAUCAAAAUCCGAACAAGAAUUAUCAUUAGGUGGAUAUGAAAUUUUGGAUCUGCUGGAUAAAACUAUAGAAGAAAUUGAGCAAAGUAAUAAACUCAAUUCCCAACCAAACGACGAACUCAUACAAAACCGAAAUCAAGAGCUAAACAGUAAAGAGCCUCAAGAAAAACCCGCUAAGGAUGAAGAGGGCAAUACUAAGUCCCUACCCUCCAUAGAGCAUCAUACAAACAGUAUUGAAGAAGAUAUUAUUGAAGACUUGGAAGCCAAACAAUCCACAGACACUGGAAAAGAGAAAAUCCUGGAUACCAACCUCAGCAUUAAUAAAAAAGAAACCAUUGAAAAGUCAGUACUACAGCAGGUAGCUGUACGUGGUAAAGAUAAAAUACUGGAAAAUCCAUGCCUUGGAGAAGCAGAAAGCAAUGAGGAUCAAAAUUCCGAUUUACACUCAGAAACAAAGCCCAUAUUGAAAUCCCCAGAGAACCCCAAAUCUCAAGAAGAUAUUUUGACAACUGCCGAAGACGAACAAAAAGAAAAUGAACCCCAAUUACAGAACAAGAAUACAUCUAACGAUGAUGCGGUUGCAAUAAGCUCAGCAAUAAUUCAGAACGAUAACAAUGAGACGAAUUGCGAACAAUCUCAAAAGGAUGCAACAUACAUCGAUGACCAAGUCCUGUUGCCCCACGAUAUAACAGAAUCCGAAAUCGACGACCUCAUUGUUUAUGAACCUCAAAAAGAAUCUGAAGCGAAUAUAUCCGAGCUCUCAGAUAUAGCACAACUAAUAGACUUUACCGAUUGGGAGGAAAUGAAUCAAAUGGAGAGUGCAAUUGAAAAUAUCAACGAAGCGAUAGUUGAUAACAAAACUGCCAAAAAUUCAAACAAGGCCGAUUUUCCCAAAGGGGAAGACAUGUCCGCCAACGAAGCUAAAGUUGACGAUUCAGUGGAAUUAAUGAAAGUUGAAGACGAUGGACUUAUUACUGAAGGCUGUGAAAAUAAAGAAGAAUGUAAAAUUGCCAUUGAAAUUCUUGAUGGUGCCGCAAAAGCAGCAGCAGCAACACAGGGUCUUAAAAUGGAUGUAGACGAGCCCGAUAUCUCUAAAGAUAUGCCAUUGUUGAGUUCCUUUGGCGACAAUUCAGACGACACGGAACCAAAGCCAAUUAUAGUCGAAGACGAUGUUGACUUAAGUGCACAGGGAAAUGAUAUGCCUUUGCUGGAUGCCGAAGAAAUCCUUUCUGGCAAUGAGAAUACUAUUGCCCCACAGGUUAAGCGCUUCCGCGUACUCAUACCAAAGCUCAGGCCUUGUGAUUUGGUAAAUUUGCGUCAGCCUAAAGUCCGAUUGAAGAGACUGCAAAACAUUGAAAUUUACCUCAAAGCGAUGCAGAAGACUUUAAACAAAAAAGUAUUUCUCGAUUUUGAUGAAAGUUCGGAGAAUAGCUUACAAUCGAGCUCGUCCGAUACAUAUCGCCCUCCAAAAGGCAGUAGAACAAAGCCUCCCCUGCAAAAGCGUCAUACUUUACGAAACACUGGCAUUAUUCGUACAUCUGAUUCCGAUUGCGAUUCCACGAAAUCACAACUCAGUACCAGAAAUCGUCGCUCAUGUACACCGAAUGCCUCCUCCAGCCAAUCCAACAAUUCUGCAGGGUCUACAUCACGUCCUCCCAAAGUAAAAAAUUUGGUAGUAACACCCCGCAGUGCCAGCGGCUUGAAGUUACGCAUCUCCCAUGCUAUGAAAAAAUCCAAGAUUUCGCAUGCAAAACCCAGCAGUCCAUCAGUCGAUGAAAUUAUCCAACUGUCAUCUUCGUCUAAUGACACCAAUACAAUGGAUUCCAUAGCUGAGGUUAUUGAAAUCCCCGAUGUCGGUGACCCUCUGUUUGAGGAAGAGAUUAUUAUAUAGCGCAGAAGGUAAAUUUCCUUCUUAUUCCCUUCCUUCCCAUAUUUUCUGGUCUCUGGCUGACUGGUCAGCGGGACAGCGAUGUAGCUGCAUUGUCAUGCCGGUUGGUUUGUAUCGGCAAACUAUUUGCCAUUCAUUAACUUGUCGUUUAAGAUAAUUAACGAACCCUGUAUUCUAUAGGUAAUAUUCAGUAUUUUUAGUUUUCUAUUUUAAGAUUCAAUAUUGGUCAAACUCCUUUUGUAUCACAAAUAUUCAAUUGAGUGUUGAAACUACAUAUGUUGCUAAGUCUUGUGUUGAUAUGGAAACGGCAACUGUCAAUUAGAGAUUUCAGCAUAUUCACUACAGAAUAGUCGUCACCUAGUUGUAAGCGAACUCUCAUAAACUUGUUUCCUUCUCACACCCAUACUAAAUGUAAAUAUGUAAUAUUCUCAACGAACUAUCCUCUUUCGUCACUAGGGGGUAAAAACUGUAUAUCUAUGUGUGUUUGCAUUCGAUUUGCUUUUGUUUAUUUAUACGUCCUUUAUGUUGUAGGCUAUAGUUAUAUUUACUUCAUAAGUAUAAAAGAGAAAUAAAAUGUUUUUAAGUCGAGA